AUGAGGUGGAUUAUCUCCAAUGAAGAAUACAUAGGCCAGUGGGAGAAUGGCAUACAGAAUGGUCAUGGGACCCACACCUGGUUCUUAAAGAGAGUGCCUGGAUCACAGUACUCCUUGAGAAAUGAAUAUGUCGGGAACUUUGUCAAUGGGCAACGUCAAGGACAUGGCCAAUAUUUCUAUGCCAAUGGUGCAAUGUAUGAUGGGGAAUGGCAAAACAAUAAUAAGCAUGGCAUGGGCAAGUUUGUUUUUAAGAAUGGGAGGAUCUAUGUUGGUGAGUUUGUAAAUGAUCAAAUAUCUGAAUAUCCAAAUUUCAAAUACGAUAGAGUGAACACUCCUGAUCUGAGUGGAAUCCGUACCCAGAGUCCAGGUGGAGCAGGUACAUUGAACACCUUCCCAACUAAUUCAGGAAUACCAAGUUUAGCAGGUUCCUACAUCGAGCUUGAUAUAACAUCGUUAUUGAAUACAUUUCCAGAGAAUGAGCGAUUAGAGGAGUUGAAGCAGGUGGAAUAUGGUAUCCUGCGGAACCUUACAGUGCUGAAGAAGACAUACAAGUAUUACAGCAGUCUGGGG